UGUCUCUCUCCACCCCAGCUACUCCUCAUUUCACCACUACAAAUCUUAUCAAUUUUAUUUUCUCUCUCAAUGUACUCCAAGUUCUUUCGUUACAAACAAAUGGGUCUUUUUGGAUUGUCCAACUCAAUCAACUGGGAGUCAGAGUCCUACCCAGAACUCAACGAUUUCUUGCUUCUUCCUUUCUUUGCACUUUUCUUCCCUGCUGUCAGGUUUUUCCUAAACAAACUUGUCUUUGAGAAUCUGGCUAGGAGACUGGUCCUUGGCAAAGCCCACACCUUGCAGGAUGUUCAUACGCAUGAUAGUAGGAAGAAACUCAAUAAAUUCAAAGAAUCAGCAUGGAAGUGUGUCUACUUUCUUUCAUCAGAAUGUUUGACCAUUUAUGUUUCCUAUGGUGAGCCUUGGUUUACCAAUACCAAGUAUUUUUGGGAAGGGCCUGGAGAACAGGUUUGGCCUGAUCAAAAAAUUAAAUUGAAGUUGAAAGGAUUAUACAUGUAUGUUGGUGGAUUCUAUACAUAUUCCGUAUUUGCAUUGUUAUUUUGGGAGACAAGGCGUUCAGACUUUGUGGUGUCCAUGGUUCAUCACAUAGCAAGUAUCAUUCUCAUCGUGCUAUCUUACAUAUGCAGGUUUGCUCGUGUAGGUUCGGUUGCUUUUGCCCUUCAUGAUGGGAGUGAUGUGUUCCUAGAAAUUGGAAAGAUGUCAAAAUAUAGUGGGUUUGAAUGGCCUGCUAGUGUCUCAUUUAUUCUUUUUGCCCUCUCUUGGACCAUUCUUCGCUUGAUUCUUUUCCCAUUUUGGGUAAUCUGGAGUACAAGCUAUGAAGUUCUUUUGACAUUGGACAUGGAGAAGCACAUGGUGGAUGGAUCUAUAUACUAUUAUUUGUUUAACACUCUUUUGUUCUCCUUGCUUGUUCUUCAUAUUUAUUGGUGGGUCUUGAUUAUAAGAGUGAUUAUCAGACAAAUCCAUUCUGGAGGACAGGUUGAUGAUGUUCGAUCAGAUUCUGAAGAUGAUGAACAUGAUGAUUGAAUAAACAAAUAUUUCAGAACACCAUAUAUACUUGUAUGCCAAGAUGGACCUUGACAAAAGGCAUGCUCAUCUUUGUCUUCACUCUUUCAUUUCUACAUGUAAGUCGGUAUAGCCUCAAAUUCUGAUUGGCAGAGUUUGCAUGCUAUAUUGUGUGACAGACAAGUACUUCAAAAAGCAAGGAUCAACAUAAAAACACUUACAGAUCUUGAUAGGUCGAGGUAAAUCUGAAGGGCUUAAGGUGUAAUAUUUGUCACGUCAACUCAGUACUUGGCCUCUUACUUUUGCAAAUUUUUAAGGAUGAAUAUUCUUUUUGUCCAAUAUCUCUUUUCACCUUAUAUGUUUAAGGUAGUCUCAAGAUUUUUGGCAUGGGGAUCAACUGAGCUUCUUACUGGCCCUUUCCCCUUCCUUCAGGGUUGCAACACUAAUUUUAUGCAAAGAUUAAAAAUUUCCUUUUCUUUAUAAUAUACUCUGUAGGUGACUGUAUUUCCUAGUUAAUAUUUGCAUCAAGGACACUGCUAGGAUGAUCAGGACUCUUGAAAUCACAUUGGUUUCCUUAA